AAACAGAGCAAAAACAGAGCAAUCAAAAAAUGGCAGCUCUGUUUCCAAACCAAUUUUCUCUCUCUAAAAUCCUCUCUUUCUCUCUCUUCAUCUCCGUCUUCUUCUUCACCGUAUCUCAUUCCGACGAUUUCUCAGCUCUUUUAGCCUUCAAAUCCCGAGCCGAUACGUCGAAUUUUCUUACUUCAUGGUCUAGAAAUGCCCCAUGUUCUUCAUGGAUAGGUGUAAAAUGUCAUCCAAUUACUCGUAGAGUCGUAAAAAUUGUACUCAAUCACUUAAACCUCACCGGAUCAAUUCAUCCAUUGAUUCAUCUUACACAAAUUCGUCAUUUAAGUUUACAUCACAAUUCUCUCAGUUCGAUUCCGAAAUUCGAUUUUUGGCCUAAUCUCAAACAUGUUUACCUCUCUCACAACAAGUUUUCCGGUGAAUUUCCAUCGGGAAUUUACCAUUUGAAGCGACUCAGGCGACUUGAUUUGUCGUUUAAUGAGUUUUCCGGUGAGAUUCCGGUGAAGGAGUUGAAUCAAUUGCCGCAUUUGAUGACUCUGCGUCUCGAGUUUAAUUCUCUUAGCGGAUCACUUGGUGUUGAUGAAAAAAAAACUGUUGCUUCAGUUAAGGAAUUCAAUGUUUCUGGGAAUAACUUUUCUGGGAAAAUCCCAAAUUGGUUAUCAAAAUUUCCAGUGGCAGCUUUUGCAGGAAACGUUCGUCUUUGUGGAUAUCCAUUACGAACUAUUUGCCCGAGUGAAACAGUGGAUAGUAAUCCAACAGUGAUGAGUACUCCUAAUUCACAAUUCAACUUUCUUAAUCAAAGAAAGAAGAAUUUGAGUGAAAACAUGUUUCUCUUGAUAGUCACACUUGAUGCAAUAGGCGUUAUGAUGACGGUUUUGGUAAUAACAUGGUGUUGUUAUUACAGAAAGAAGAAUCAAGAGAGUGAAAUUUACAGGUUGAGGAAGAUGAAUACCAAGUAUAAUAAUCAGGACACGAGUAGUUCAAGUCUGUAUCAUUCAUUUGAAUAUGGUAUCAAGAAAACAAGUGAUCAGUUUGCAACUAUGGUUUGUUUUGAAGGAUGUAAAGGUUUCAAUAAAGUUGAUGAUUUGUUGAAGGCCUCAGCUGAAAUGUUGGGAAAAGGGAGUGUUGGAACAAGUUAUAAAGUGGCUAUUUUGGAUAAUGGAGAUGUUGUUGUAGUUAAAAGAGUAAUUGAAAAGUUGAAGAAAAUGAAAGAUGUUGAUGGAUUUUUGAGAUUAAUUGGAAAUUUGAGACAUACAAAUGUUGUGCCACUUAGAGCUUAUUAUUCAUCAAAAGAGGAAUUGCUUCUUGUCUAUGAUUUUCUCCCCAAUGGAAGUCUACACAAUCUCUUACAUGGCAAUCGUGGACCGGGAAGAACACCAUUGGAUUGGGCAACAAGACUAAAAUAUGCAUUAGGAGCAGCAAAAGGACUUAGGUUUUUACAUAGCAACAACAAAACCAAGAUUUGCCAUGGGAAUUUCACAUCAUCAAACAUACUAAUUGAUCACAAUGGCAAUGCUUGUAUCUCUGAUAUAUGUCUUCACUUGCUCUUACAAAUGCCAAUUUCAUCAAACAAUGGAUACAAAGCACCGGAAUUAUCAACACAAAACAAUGUAAACACAAACCAAAAUCCAAGAAAUUUUUCUCAAAAGAGUGAUGUGUAUAGCUUUGGAGUGGUUUUACUAGAGAUUUUGACUGGGAAAAUUGCAACAAGUGAAGGGGAAACAAGUUUGGCAAAAUGGAUACAAAGUGUUGUGAACAAAGAAUGGACUUGGGAUGUGUUUGAUUUUGAACUUGCAAGGUAUAAAGAAAGGGAAGAUGAAAUGGUUGCACUUUUAAAAGUGGCUAUGGCUUGUUUGGUUUCAUCUCCAAAAGAUAGGCCAAAGAUGAUUGUAGUGGAGGAAAUGAUCGAAGACAUCGCGAAAAAAGAGAACAAAUAGAGGGUCAGGUCCAUUAUCCAUCGAAUUUUGAAAUGUUAUGUUUACUUAUCCUUAGAAAUUUAUCGACCAUCGAAAGAGGAGAAUAGAGUUCUUUAUACUACUAAUUGUUCUCCUUCUACUCACAAUUUGAAUUUGAUUCUUGGUAAUCAAUUAGUUA